AUGGAACGAGGCGACGUUUCGGACGACGUUCGGGAGAAUGCCACCGGCGCUGCGGAUCGAUGCGUGAGCAGUGGAACCGGAAAUUUUCUGGCGGCGCAGUCUGACGACAGACUCGAAGCACGAGAUCCCCGCGGGUGCGGGUUGCGGCGAUCUAUCGAUGCCACCGGGAAUCUGUGGAUACUAAGCGUUGACUUUGGGAAGUCGGUGGACCGGACCGGUGACGAAGAAAUGUUGGCUGGUAUUGAUCGAAAGAAGCUCAGCAGAGAAUUCUCAUAUUCUUUGCAGCCUUUGCGGACGUGA